AUGAAGUGGCUCUACCUGGCAGCGUUCGCUUCUCUUGCCUUGGCCAAUGCCCCUGGUGGGCCCGGUGGCCAUGGAAGAAAGCUCCCAGUCAAUCCUAAAACGUUCCCCAAUGAGAUCCGUCUGAAGGAUCUCCUCCACGGAUCGCAGAAGCUGGAGGACUUUGCGUAUGCGUACCCCGAGCGCAACCGUGUCUUCGGAGGCCAGGCCCAUCUGGAUACUGUCAACUACCUCUAUCGUGAGUUGAAGAAGACCGGCUACUACGAUGUCUACAAGCAGCCUCAGGUCCACCAGUGGACCCGUGCGGACCAGUCACUCACCCUCGGCGGCGAUUCCAUCCAGGCCAGCACCAUGACCUACAGUCCCAGUGUCAAUGUCACCGCGCCGCUCUCACUGGUCAGCAAGCUGGGUUGCGCGGAGGGUGAUUACUCGGCCGAUGUCAAGGGCAAGAUCGCCCUGGUCUCGCGUGGCGAGUGUUCCUUUGCCCAGAAGUCCGUGCUGAGCGCAAAGGCUGGGGCCGUCGCGACCAUCGUGUACAACAACGUCGAUGGUUCUCUGGCCGGUACGCUGGGCGGCGCGACCAGCGAGCUGGGCCCGUAUUCCCCCAUCAUCGGCAUCACUCUGGCCGCUGGACAGGAUCUGGUCGCCCGUCUCCAGGCCGCCCCCACCGAGGUCAGCCUGUGGAUCGACAGCAAGGUCGAGAACCGGACCACAUACAAUGUCAUCGCGCAGACCAAGGGCGGUGAUCCCAACAACGUUGUCGCGCUGGGUGGACACACGGACUCGGUCGAAAACGGACCGGGCAUCAACGACGACGGCUCCGGGGUGAUUAGCAACCUGGUCGUGGCCAAGGCGCUCACCCGCUACUCGGUCAAGAACGCGGUGCGCUUCUGCUUCUGGACGGCGGAGGAGUUCGGCCUGCUGGGCAGCAACUACUACGUCGACAACCUCUCCCCCGCCGAGCUCGCCAAGAUCCGCCUGUAUCUCAACUUCGACAUGAUCGCGUCCCCCAACUACGCGCUGAUGAUCUACGACGGUGAUGGAUCCGCCUUCAACCUGACCGGUCCCCCCGGUUCCGCCCAGAUCGAGAGCCUGUUCGAGAACUACUACAAGUCGAUCAAGCAGGGCUUCGUCCCCACCGCCUUCGACGGACGCUCCGACUACGAGGGCUUCAUCCUAAAGGGCAUCCCCGCUGGCGGCGUGUUCACCGGCGCGGAGUCGCUGAAGACUGAGGAGCAGGCCAGGCUGUUCGGCGGCCAGGCCGGCGUGGCUCUGGACGCCAACUACCAUGCGAAGGGCGACAACAUGACCAACCUUAACCACAAGGCGUUCCUGAUCAACUCCCGUGCCACCGCGUUCGCCGUGGCAACGUACGCCAACAACCUGAGCUCGAUCCCGCCGCGCAAUGCGACCGUCGUCAAGCGCGAGAGCAUGAAGUGGACGAAGCGAGAGGAGCCUCACACGCAUGGCGCUGACACGGGAUGCUUCGCCUCGCGUGUCAAGGAAUAA